AUUGUCACUUCGGUUGUUAUCAACGAGCUUAACCUACGCAUGUCGGGUUUUCGGGACCUUAAUUUGUAAAGAGGUUGGUGCUAUUUGCCUAAUCAGCCGGGUUUAAUUUGUGGAAAAACUUGGUGGAAUAGAUGGGUUUUUUCAGUGGUGUUUACGAUUUGACCAAAUGUUCAGGAAACUUUCGAAUACAAUAGUACGUUUUGAGUCGUUCCUUCGUCUCUGAUAACUAUUACUUUGGUUAGGCCUGGCCAGAGCAUUUUGCCUUCCCAGCUUGCCUUGAGCUCAGUAAACACCUGGGGCAGCAGGUAUCCUCUACGAUGCCUUGAACAAAUAAUACGGGUAUAUUCUGAUCUCCAGAAAUGGAACGUAUACUCCACGGGAAAAACCACAUGUUUUAUCAUUAAAAAUUUGACCGUCACGGGUUUUCCCAAAGUCCAUGUCAAGGUAGGCUCGAUUUUUGCCGCUCUCUCGAGUCUGCUCUACGCUCUCCACGAGAAGAGCAAAUGGCGGAAGAUAAUCGAGCCAAAUGUCAAGGGAGAGUUAUGUAAAUUAUUGGGAAAGCGAGUUUUGGCCAAAAACGAAAAAAAAAAAAAGAUAGCUGUGUCACCUUUUAGAUGCCCCUUCCUACCCCUCCCUUAACAUUGUUUCGACAGACGAGCAGUGAGCCAAUCAGAUAAGAGGUAAUUGAUUCUGCUGUGUCUUUUGACAACUGGCGGCAAGGCCGCAUGUUGUUCAAGUCGUGUUCUUCUCGUGAUUGGUGUGGUGGCGCGAGUUGCUAGAGCGCUAUUUUCGUCCAAAUUGUUGUUUUAAGGGUCUUAAAAGACCUAUGAACUGACAUCUGUUAAACUAUGAGUCGUGUGUUUAGCUUUUGAAUUAUUCUUCGGCCCUGCGCUCAUCUGAAAUACAACGUUUCCGCGAGUUCACAGCAAGCGUAGUUACGAUUGUUCAAUCCGAAAGUAUGGAAAAAUCCUUCACUCCACGUUCAGAUACAGUUAAAGAAGGUAAAGUUAGUUCCAAGCCAGAGGGUAUUGCUAAAGGCAGAGACAGCCUUGGUACAAAUGAAGGAACUCCAAAGGAUAAUGAAACAAAUUUGACGCCGGCAUUCCAAAUGCACAGGUUUAGCGAAGACGAGAGUGAGUUAGAGACGGUAGAGAUCAUUGCCCUAAAUUCUAGUGGACAGGAGUUGCGGAACGAGACCGCGGAUUCACUUUGUGGAGAUGAUGUUCCAGACACUUCUCUCAUGCUGUCAAGCCACCAGAAACUUAUUUCAAAGAAUUUCACUGAAGAAAUCAGAGCAGCCAAGGAUGUUGAAACCUUUCUUGAACGACCAACAUUGCUUCUUGGUUUACAUGAAACAAGCUUACAGGGGAUUGUCGAUAAGAUGUUGGAGAAGCUCAUUUCUGUGAUUGGUGGAGAGGAUAUUGAUUUUGAGGAUGCCAGGAUGGCAUUUUUCACACAUGAUUCAGUUCACUGUCUAUCAAAAAUAAUCCAAGGAACAGAAAUAUCUGAAGGAGGAGGAUGGGAAGAAACUCAGAAUUGGCUUAUUGCAAUGGGAGAGCUACCAUCUGUACAGCAGAGUCAUGUUGCCAUUGCUCAAUUGAGACAUCCUGUAAACCUGGGAAGGACACUUGAGGAGACUCAUUUGGUCGUCUUGGUUCUGGCUCCUAGUAAAGCAAAAAGUACCAAGAACUCUUUAGAGACAGGAAGAACUUUUGCAACACUGCUGUCAGAUAUAGAAACAAGACAAUUACUUAUUGAAGUGGAAACCGAGGAACAAUUUAAGAAAGUGUUGUCUGAUCGCAAAGACCUGCUCUCCUCCAGAUCAUACGCAACAAUUAGACCAGCUAGAAAACCUCCUGCUGUUCAAUCAAAAUCCUCCUUUACCCAUAGAAGAGAUGAUCAAAAGAAAUCAGAGCUGUUUUCCUUUGGAAGAGGACUUAUUAGAGACUUGAAAAGAAGAUGGCCACAUUAUUUAUCAGAUUUUAAAGAUGGAAUAAGAGGUCGUCAUACCAUUCCUAAGUUGAUUUCCACAACACUGUUCUUGUACUUUGCCUGCCUUCUACCAUCUAUUGCUUUUGGUGUCCUCAACAGCCGUAACACCAAUGGACAAAUUGAUGUCCAGAAAGUAAUUAUAUCACAGGCUGUAGGAGGAACGUUAUUUGCUCUCUUUGGAGGACAGCCCUUAAUUGUCAUGCUAACCACAGCUCCCUUGGCACUAUAUAUAAAAGUGAUCUACAACAUCUCAGCAGACUUUGAUUUGGAUUUCUUAGCACUAUAUUCUUGUACUGGCUUGUGGAAUUCAUUCUUCCUUUUUAUUUAUUCCACAUUUGGUCUUUCACAGAUUAUGAAAUGGUCGACAAGGUCAACAGAGGAAAUUUUUGCUUUGUUCAUCUCUCUUGCAUUUACAGUAGAUGCAGUCAGUAGUAUCGUUAAAGAAUACUCAAACCUUCACUGUUCAACUUCAUGCUGGAAUUCCUCAUCAUGUGGUAUUGACCAGUCAGCUAAUAACUGUACUCAGCCCACUGAUGCUUCAUUUUGUCACAGAGAGGGAGGUCUGUCAUAUGCUGUUGUUAGUUUGGGAACAGUUUGGAUUGGUCUUGCACUGUAUAAUUUUCGUAAGAGCCCAUUUCUGGAUGCUGGCAAGCGUGAAGCAUUGGCUGAUUAUGCACUUGUGGUCGCUGUACUUGUCAUGUCUUUUGUGGCUUCAUAUUUUAUGCGAGACAUUCAAAGGUACAAGUUUGAAGCAAGCAAUACAUUUUCCUUCUCUGCUGCUCCUCUCCAUAAGCUGAGUUGGGGUGCCGUGUUUGCAGGUCUUGGUCUGGGUUUUUCUCUUUCAUUACUAUUUUUUAUGGAUCAGAAUAUCUCAAGUGCCAUGGUUAACAACCCUGGAAAUAGAUUAAAGAAAGGCAGUGCAUAUCACUGGGACUUGCUUGUAGUGGCAGCAGUGAAUAGCUUUUUGUCUUUGUUUGGCCUUCCGUGGGUGCAUGCUGCCCUGCCUCACUCACCAUUCCAUGUCAGAGCUCUGGCAGAUGUUGAGGAGAGAGUAGAUCGAGGGCAUGUGUUUGAAAUCAUUGUCAAAGUAAGAGAAACAAGAUUGUCUGGCUUACUCUCAAGCACUCUGAUUGCCUUGUCCCUGCUUAUGUUGCCGACUCCACUCACACUGAUUCCCACUUCAGUACUUGAUGGCUUGUUCCUUUUUAUGGCCAUCACUUCCUUGGAUGGUAACCAGAUGUUUGAGAGAGCAUUGCUGUUGGUCACAGAACAGGCGGCAUACCCUCCAAACCACUACAUUCGGCAUGUCCCUCAGAGGAAGAUGCAUUUAUACACUGCUCUACAGUUCCUGAUGCUUGGUGUCUUGUGUGGAUUUGGUUUUGCACCUCUGCCAUACCUCAAAAUGGUGUUUCCAGUUCUCCUCAUGUUAAUUUUGCCAAUCAGGCAUCUUCUGGUUCCACGACUGAUUCCCACAAAGUACCUGAAGGCUUUAGAUGCUCACUUGUGAUUGGUUGGUCAAUGAGCCAGCUAAUUGCAACUUACACUUGACAACGCAAUGAUUGAAAACAAGACAAAGUCCAAUUUUAGAAUUUUUUGUAAGCAACAGCUGUCACUGAACUGUGUACUGGGUUCAUUUUUUUUUUUUAUUUCUCUUUUCAAGAAAAGUGCAGGACAUUCUUAAAAAUUGAUGACAAUAUUUUUUUUGUCCCUAAAGGCCAUUGAUUGUCAUUGAAAGAAGGGGUUCAGUGAUACUGUUGUUUUAACAAUUUUAUUGUCUUUUUCAUAUUGGUGAAGAUUGACAUAUUUGAAACUUUGGCCUCUUAUGGACUUAGUUACUGAAAGCCCAGAAUCUCAAAAUCUAAAUUGGAUCAGAAUUUUUUUGUGUAGUUCCAGAAAAUAUCCAUACCUACCUCAAAUAAGGAAUUUCCCUCUGGAAAUCCCAAUACAUUUCUUUAAUUUUUUUUGGUCUUGCUGACCCUCCACUCCCAGGAAAUUCCAAUCCCUUCUAUGGGAGGAGUAUGGAUAUUUUCUGGAAUUGCAAAUUUGAAGAUUUUUUGAUUAUUGAAACGUAAAUCUCAAUGUAGCAACUCCUAUCAAUCUUCUCUACAGAGGUAGUGUCCUCAGGAUGCAUAGAUGCCCAUAUGGCUAAAAGCCAGGAUGCAAGUGAUUUGCUUGCAUUUAAAAUACAUGUAUGGAGUAUUAGUUUUUACUUCUGCUGUCUUUGAAAACAUAUAGACAUAACUUCCUGCACACAGAAUGCUGAAAAAAGCAAAACAUGAGCAGGCAUGAGAGAAAAAUUUCCUCACAUGAACGUAACAAAUUUGCAAGCCAGCCCACUAUUCUCUAAGCUGGCUUGAUAGCCUAAUUUCACGUCUAAUUGCCCAAAAAAUGUCUUUAAGUUUUAGUUGAUGUACAUGUAUAAAAUGACCAAUACAAAUUAUUGUGUUGCCAUUAGUGGCAAAUGAUCCUUUUGUCAAUUUUUUAUGGUUUUAGACAGCCCAUAUUUCAAUAUUGAAAAAGCAUCACGGCAUUUAUUACAGUCCAAAUAAAGCUUCUUUUGAGUGAAACUCUGCGAUGUUGCAGCAUAACAUACCAGUACUAACAGUGUGCUCCAAGAAACUAGCAACUUUGAAAUUUAAUUCACAUUUGUCUACGAAGUACUCUAAGUUCUACUGAGUUUUUAGAAGCUAGUUUUUUCAUUCUUCCGUCAUAGAAUAAAACAAAACUCAACACAACAUGACAGUGUGCUUUGGCAAUUAUUAAAGUUGCAAGUUUCUUUGUGCACAUGGUUUAUGAUAUUCAAACAUUCAACAACAACAUUGCUGAGUUCUCCUCAAAAGGACAUCCAAUUUUGACGGUUUGAUUUAGCACUUGUUCAAAGGCAGUGCUUUUUUUUUGCAUCUUUUCUGAUUAAAAGUAAAUUGACACCAUUAUUUAUAUCCAAACUAUAAUAAUGACUAGUACACUUAAGGUGAUUCCUCAAAAAGGUAACUUUGAAAACAAUGUUUAUUUCAUUUGAUCAUGUUACAUUUUGCAGUAGCUGGAAGCAAAGUUUUAUCAAGAAAUACUUGACAAGUUGAUAGAUAGAAAGUCUCAAGCAUAUGCUACAAUGAUAUAUUUGUAUAAGUUAUGGAAAAAUUACACACUUUAAAACAUAAACUCAAAGCACAUUGUUGUUUUCAAAGUCAAAAUUUGCAUCCCUUUUUCCUUCUGAACAUUUUUUUUU